AUGGCAUUGCUCCUCGGGCUCAACCAAAGGGAGGAUGAGUCCCUCUCCCACUUCUUGAACCGUUUUACGACACAGAUCCGAGGGCUCUCGGACGCUCACCCUUCUCUAUUGAUGCAGGCAUUCAUGAUAGGCUUGCGGCCCUCCAGGUUCUUCUGGUCCCUAGUAGAGCGACCCCCCACGACGGUACCCGAGAUGCUCCAACGUGCGAGCCAGUUUGUCGCCGCGGAAGCAUGGAUGGCCGGGAGACCCGGGGGACACAAAGGGACCAAGCCAGAGCCGCCCCGGCAGCAGCAACCCGCGGCAUCUCGGCGUAGGUUGGACCGAUCCGACCCGCCUACUUCGAGGCCCCCUCUCCCAGCCUUGAACUCAUCCCGAAUGGAAAUAUUCCUUCACAUAAGGGAGAAGGGGCUGCUCAAAGAACCUUACCCGAUGAGAAGUCCGCGGGCGUUGGCGGACCAAUCAAAGUACUGCCACUUCCACCGGCAACAUGGGCACGACACUGAACAGUGUCGGGAGCUAAAGAGACAGAUCGAGGAGCUCAUCCGUAGGGGGCACCUCAGCCAGUACCUCCGCCCAGACAAGGAACCUUCGCCACGCCCGGAGGGUCCCGUCGAGUGA